AUGUCGUCUGUCCCGCUCCUUCGGACCCCGGUCCCUAGCAAUCAGCGUGACAAUGCCACCCCCAGAGCUCCGAAGCUCACACUGGGCAUACCUCCAUCGCCCAACGCCAAACCCGUCAAUGGCAAUGGUGUCCCCGCCAUGGUCAUCCCCUCCCAACCUCAACCGUCUUCCCUCCGCCCGGCUCUCCGCUUGGCCACUCCUAUGAUAAACCCGAAUGCCCCGCAGCCCGUCAACCGCAUGGCCAACGGUCGACCCGGUCCCCCAUCUCUAGCACUGUCCACCGGUGGACUUGGUGUGAAUAGCCAACCGACGCUGAAUGGGAAUGGUCGAGGCAGUAAUCCGAUUUCCGCAAACUCCUCCGUCUCAACCGUUGACAUCGCGAGGGGUCUCCGUGAAUCAGGCGGCUCUGAUCCGUCAUCUGCUAUCAGUUCAUUCGAUGGAGAAGGCAACGAUCAGCUAGAGGGUGAGAACGGUGUUAGCGCACUCUCUUUCGACCUGGAUCGCUUGAGUUUGGAGAAAGGCCGCCCGCUCGAUGUUGAAGACUUGGAUGAUAAGGGCUGGCACGCGGCCAGCGAACAAAAGAAGAUCAUUGAGUUGGGUAGUCUCGGUGAAGGCGCCGGUGGUGCUGUCACUCGUUGUCAGCUCAAGGACGGCAAAACUGUUUUUGCGUUGAAGAUCAUCACUACCGAUCCCAACCCCGAUGUUAAGAAACAGAUCGUGCGUGAGCUCAACUUCAACAAGGACUGCGCAUCGGAGCAUAUCUGUCGCUACUACGGUGCCUUCAUGGACAAGACAUCUGGUACAAUCUCUAUCGCCAUGGAAUUCUGUGAAGGCGGCAGCCUUGACAGUAUUUACAAGGAGGUCAAGAAACUUGGUGGCCGUACGGGAGAGAAGGUGCUUGGAAAGGUUGCGGAGGGCGUGCUCAAUGGGUUAACCUACUUGCAUAGCCGCAAGAUUAUCCAUCGAGACAUCAAACCAUCCAAUAUUCUCCUGUGCCGAAAUGGUCAGGUGAAGCUUUGCGAUUUCGGUGUCAGUGGCGAGUUCGGCACUAAAGGUGACGCCAACACUUUCAUCGGCACUUCCUACUACAUGGCCCCAGAACGUAUCACUGGUCAAUCAUACACCAUUACUUCCGACGUUUGGUCUUUAGGUGUGACUUUGCUGGAAGUCGCGCAACAUCGAUUCCCUUUCCCCGCCGAUGGCACUGAGAUGCAACCCCGUGCCGGAUUAAUAGAUCUCCUCACCUACAUUGUCCGCCAACCCAUCCCCAAACUGAAGGACGAGCCGGAGAACCGGAUUAAGUGGUCUGAUAACUUCAAGUACUUUAUUGAAUGCUGUCUCGAGAAAGAGCCUCCUCGACGAGCAACUCCUUGGCGGAUGCUGGAACAUCCAUGGGUGCAGGACAUGAAGAACAAGAAGGUCAACAUGGCGAACUUCAUCACACAAGUGUGGGACUGGAAGAAUUAA